AUGGCCGAGCAAUUUGAAAGGUUCUUCAAGUACAUUGUCAAUCCGGACAAACCAGCAUUGAAUCUCCGCGACGCUCUAAACCAUCAAUAUAGCCAACUUAUACCGGUUCAGUGCACCAUUACCACAAGAGAGGGGCGGAGGUAUAACGUCACACUGAGAGGUAAUUGCUUUCGGGUGGUUUUUGCUGAAGGGUGGCUAAACUUUGUGCAUGGUGAGGAGAUUAAGACCGACAACUGUCUGUGGUUCGAUCGCACAUUGUUUACAGAUUUCAUAGUCACAGUCCACACAGACAAUCAAGUUGAGCGUCCACUUCGCCACUGCUUCACGCUAGAAAUCAAGAAAACCCAUGUUGAACGUGCGCGCUUGGAAUUUGUGGAGGCUACUGAAAUGGUUGAAGGCUCAACUUUGUGCUUCACAUUAGUUCCGUAUUGUUGUGUUCAUUUCGAGACUGAGGUUGGCACAUGCAUGUGGCAGGAAGUCUUAUCUCAUUCAUUUAUUGAUUAUCCUUUGGGUGUUUUCGAAAUACACGCAAAGACCGUCUAUCUUGACGAGGACGAUCGUGAGGAAGCACUUGAGUUUUGGCCAUUAGUAGACCAUUAUUGUAGCAACAAUCCUGAUCCUCUAUGGGAAACCUUGAAGAUAAUUUUUGAACCACUAGGGCUUGACCCAUAUCCUGGUGAAACGAGGGCGAUAGAUGAACGUAACCAUCGCAAGCUUUGACCAAGCUAUUUGCGACUACUGGGCCGAAGAAAGACGUAUGGCAACACAAAGAAGAAGGAGAGGAAAUUGAGAUUGUUGUCGCACAUGUACUUUUAAUAAUAAUGUCUUUCCUUUCAUUGUCAGACAUGUAAUCUUCAUUGGUGUAUGUAUA